UCGGACAAAUCUGAAGUCUUCGAUCCCAAUAAUAACAACUUCUCCGAUUCUUUCAUCUCCGGGUUUCUCUUUCACUAACAACAUGUUGAAUAAUCAAGAUUUCAUGGAACUGAAUUGGAGAAACGACGUUGGAUCACUUGCUGUGAAAGAUCAGGCUGGUAUGUCAGAAAGGGCAAGAAGUGAUGAAGAUCGUUUAAUCAACGGUCUAAGAUGGAGCUAUGGUUACUUUGAUCAUGAUCAAACAGAUAAUUAUCUUCAACUUGUUCCGGAGAUCCGUAAAGAAGAAGAGAAACCAAAGGAGGAUUUGUUGGUUACUGUCCCUGAUGAACAUUCUGAAACUGAUGAUCAUCAUCAUAGUAAAGAUUUUUCUUAUAGGUCACAUAGUCGAUGUUAUCUGAGAAACAAACAUGACAACCCAAAAAAACGUUGUUUCCAGAUCUCAAGUGAUGAGGAAUCAGAGGACUUUACAAGAGAGGUUCCUUCAGUUACAGAAAAAGGUUUCAAGAAAAGAAGAAGAGACGAGAUGUGUGAUAAGAUGCGUACGCUACAACAACUUGUACCUAAUUGUCACAAGAUGGACAAGGUUUCGGUUCUUGAUAAGGCCAUAGAUUAUAUGAAAAACCUUCAGCUUCAACUCCAGGUGAUGUCGAUGAUGGGAAUGAAUCCUUAUUUCCCUACGGCGACAUUUAACUUUGGAAUGCAAAACCACCUGUUGACUGCAAUGGCUCUGGCUCACGGCCAAAAUCCUGUGAAUCAAACGACGUCAACACCGUUCAUUCCGGCUUUAAAUUGGCCUUUACCACCGUUUGCUAAUCUUUCAUUCCCACACUUAUCAAAUCAAUCUCCCUUGUUCACAACAGCAUCAGCAGCUUCCUCUUCGCAAUAUCUUUGUGGUUUGGUUCCUUGUUUCCCAAGUCCCCUUGAUUUUUCUUCCCGUACGAUGGGACUAUGAUAUGUAAGUACUAAGUAGCUCGGGAAACACAAAAGUUAUGUGAAAUGAACGUUGAUUAAGAUGAAAAGAAAUUCCAAAACAGUAUCACAUUUUGUGUGAGGCGUUUGUGUCAUGUUCUCUUUUGUGUGGUUCUGUAAACUUACCAUAUGACUUUUUGUAGUAAUUUUUUCAUUAUCUGAUAUAUUUUGUAAAAUAUAUUGAUCAGACACUUGUAAAAACUUGAAAAUUUAA